AAGGAAGGAUUCUUUUAGAAAUAAAGAAACUUUCAAAGCUGAGUCGUUACAUUGAUGCCAAGAAAUAGAAGGGUCCCUCUCUUCUUCUUGUCUUCAUUUCUUUGAUCUGUUCUAUUUUGUCUUCUCGGCGAGUGCUCGCCACUCUUAUUACUAUAACUUCAUAGAAGCUCACGUCCUCCAAAAUCCUUUCUCUUCGAAAUCUUAACUCUGUAUCUCUCUCCUACGUAGUUCGAAAAGGGAAAAAGAAAUGAUUCAGCUAUUGUUUACACUGAUAUUCUCUGAGAUGGCAUUGAUAACGGUGCUUAUGUUCAAGACCCCAUUAAGGAAGUUAGUGUUGAUGGCUCUGGAUCGGGUCAAGCGAGGUUAUGGCCCAAUCAUUGUAAAGACGGUGGCAGGAACGGUGUUUGUUGUGUUGAUGUCAAGUGUGUACAGCAUGAUGAAGAUCCAGAAGCGUUGGAUCGAUGAGGGUGCUGUCAAUCCAACGGACCAGGUUCUCAUGGCCAAGAACCUUCUUGAGGCCACUCUUAUGGGAUCCUCUCUUUUCCUUGCACUAAUGAUAGACAGACUGCAUCAUUAUAUCAGAGAACUCCGCGUAAGGAGGAAGAGCAUGGAGGCUGUAAAGAAACAAAAUCAAGUUUUCGAGGAUGGAAAAGUUGAGGAGAGCAAAGCCCUGGAAAAAGAAGUGAUCACACUGCAAGCAAAACUUAAGCAGCUAGAAUCAGAACUGGAGGUGAAGACUAAGGAGGCUCAUGCUUCAGAAGCAAAUGCGGUAGCUCUGAGGAAGCAAUCUGAAGGAUUUCUUUUGGAAUAUGAUCGCUUACUUGAGGAGAACCAAACCCUACGGAACCAAUUGCAAUCGUUGGACUUGAGAUUAUCACGUUCAGGUAGCAAGAAGAAUACUUAAAGGAAAUGAGCACCUUUAUUAAAUAGGUUUUUCAAACUCCUUUUUUAUUUUAUACUACUCAUCUGAAAAAUUUUCAAUGUGGGUUUGUUUAUUGUGGUUUAAUUCUGAGUUAUGCAUUGUUGUAAGUGUGGAGAAAAAGGACAAUACAAAACAGGAAAAAAGGAAAGAGAAAAUAGGUUUUCAUUCUCUUAGUUCAAUUCAAGUAGGCUUCAUGCUGAAGUAGAAUGGGUUAAUAUUGUCUGGACGAAAUGUGGUACAUUAAGACCUUAUGAGUUCUAAGAGAAUAUGGUCAGUAAUGGCAAUUGGCUACUCCUUUUCUUAA